UGAUACAGCAUAGCAUAAAAGAUCCAACCAAAGUUGAUUUUCGUUGCCACCAAAACACAAUACCACUAAGUGCUUCAAUCUUGUUUUACUUGCCAAAAUAUUCCUACUGACCCUGAAAAGUUAAAGAAGGAAACCAAUUUCCUCCAAGUUAAUUUAGCAUAAGAUGCUAAACAAUCAUUGACUUCUGAAAUAUCCUCGUAAAACUUGUCUACUAUAUAAACACAACCCGCAAAGCCUAAUCUCACACAACGCCUCAUCACAUUCUCUGAGACUAAGGAGCUCUUGGUAAACCAAAAAUGGCCUUGAUCAUAUUCCUUGUUAUGUCUGUUCUUCUCCAUGGAGCUCUUGGUGAGCUUGUAUGUGAGCAAUUGCCAGUUGAGCUUUGCUCAUACUCAAUUGCAUCUUCUGGGAAGCGAUGCUUGUUAGAGAAUUUUCCAACGAAAGAUGGAGAGGUUAAAUACCAAUGCAAGACAUCAGAGGUGGUUGUGGAUAUAAUGCAGGAAUGGAUUGAGAGUGAUGAAUGUGUAAGUUCAUGUGGGCUUGAUAGGAAUACUGUUGGUAUCUCAUCAGAUGCUCUUCUUCAGGCCCAGUUUUUGGCUAAACUUUGCUCAAAUGAUUGUUAUCAAGCUUGCCCCAACAUUGUUGAUCUCUACUUCAACUUGGCCUUGGGAGAAGGUAUUUCUUUACCUUUAAAUUUAUUUUUCAAAGAGGAGGUCAAGGCAUCAAAUCCUGACAUUGAAGUGAGAAAAAUAAUAAUAAAAACAAAAGUGGGUGCGGAAAUCUUUAUGAAAUCAAAUUCAUGUUUUUAUGGAGUUUACUUGCCUGAUCUCUGUGCCAAUCCUCGCCGUUCCUUGUCGGCGACUAGAAGUUCUGGUUAUGCAGCCCCAGGUCCACUAUCAGGCUUAGUUUCUCCGGCUGCUGCUCCGAUCACUGGUGAUGUGGACCCAGCUUGCGCUCCAUCUGCCAUAUGA